AUGGUCAGGCUACGCUCGACGGGGGCAGCAGAGGCCGAAGGGCCGGUCGAAAGACCUGCUGCACGACCACAAGCGCAAGAGCAUGACAGUUCCUCUAAUUUACAUGGUCAUGCAAAAGAUGACAUGCCCACCAUCAGAUUGACGCCACAUCAAGACCCUCGAUCGAACAGGCCAUCCUUAACGUUUCCUGCAACGACAAGGACCCUGCCCCACGAGGAGUGCGUGAUACGUGUUGGGCGAUAUUCUGAGCGAGAUGUAAAUCCAAAUCCUGUUCCCAAUCAGCCGUCAGCCGCCCCCAUCGGCUUCAAGUCCAAAGUCGUCAGCCGAAGACAUUGCGAGUUCUGGUGUUCACAAGGUCAAUGGUAUAUUAAGGAUGUGAAGAGCUCAUCGGGCACCUUUCUUAAUCAUAUCAGACUGAGUCAGCCAAACAUGGAGUCGCGGCCAUUCCCUGUGAAUGACGGAGAUGUGGUCCAAUUAGGAAUAGAUUUCCGAGGAGGUGAAGAGAUGAUAUUCAGGUGUGUGAAGAUACGGAUUGAAUGCAACCGAGGCUGGCAGAAGACGCUCAACAAUUACAAACCGAUAUUGAAUGAUCACAAGUCGUGGCCGCAAUUCCUGUGUCCCAACUGCCGAGCUAUUCAUGAUCUGGACGCCGAUGUUGAUGACUCGUUCGACACCAACUGGGAAGAGGAGGAAGAUCGCCCCAUGUCAGAUUCGCCAGGCCGAUCUGGAGACGUCGAAGCCACGCAGACAAUAGGCGAAAACACAGUAAAGCUCCAGAAUGUGCACAUCAAUGGGAAUGCCCAUGAACGACUGACUCCUUCGCCGCGUGUAACGCAUGUACAAGAGGACGACCAUUUUACGCAAAACGCCACAGCUCGCGCAAAUCUCACCGAUGGCGCAACGACCUCUUCCACUUUACUUGAGCGAAGAAAUGUUGCAAACAGUGAACAGGCUAACAUACGUCUUCCCUCCGGCUCAGGCUCUUUCCUCAGCCCAAUCGUACCCACGCAACCCCUCAUGUCAAGUGAAGAAACACUAGAAGGACAGCAUUCCGGCACACCAACGAUGGAUAUGCUGGUCAACGAAGGACCAAUGACACCUACGAACACUGCAGGCCCAUUUGUUUUCGACGGUAGUGCGGGAAGAUCUUCGUCAGAAGCAUCAGCAGCGGCGUAA